AUGGCUCCCACACUCUCCAGCAAAAAGGCCCCAGCCGUCACCUCAGAUGCUGCUUCUGAAAUCACUCUCGUGAACCCCGGAAAAGGUUCAUCCUCCUCCGGUCCUCGAAGCUUCAAAACAGCCGUCAAAGACGAAUUCAAGAAGUUCAAGGCCGAAGUCCACAAGAGCACCACCGACCCGCAUAAGUCCUGGGAGGCUCGAUACUACGCCGCGCAUUAG